AUUUGCGUGCUUAAUGUUUUCGUUUUAGCUGUCCUGCUGCUGGGAAGUAAACUCAAAAUGGAAAUGACGUGGUCGACAGUUUGUGUUCUAUUACUUCUUUUUGUCUCAGCAACUCGCACAGAGUCGUCGAAUAGACAACUGAAUACGGAAAACAUCCUAAUCAAUGUGACAGCGGGGACACUGGCAGACACACAGCUGCAAGACUCUAACAACUUACAGAUAAAUUUAAACAUAUCAGUGAAUGAAGAGCAGGUGCUGGUCAAUGACGUCCCAGUGGAGCUGUCGGGGGUCACUAGGUUCAACUGCCAAGCGCUUCUCUUGGACAGUGUCAAUGGGAGCAGUGAGUUUGAGUCUGGGGACAUAGUGUCCACUGUUACCCGGGUGAUGGUGAGCCAGAACAGGCUGUACAGUGACUCAGAGGAGGUGGUGGCUCUUCAGGUCUUCAGUGAAGUGAUAGAGAUGGAUGGCAAAGAGGUCCAGCAGCCUGACAUGUGUGAGGUGAAAAUACUGAUGAGCCCAGACUUCCAGAAGCUGGCCCAGUUUACCAACAUCUACCCCAUUGGACACAGUGAUAUCUUUAGGGUUCCCAGAGAAAAUGAUGUGGUUGUCACAGAUCCACCAAAUUCUAGAAAAGAUGAAGAGCAGCUGAUCUCUCAGACCACAAGCCAGUAUCCUCUGAAGCACACAGAGACCACCCGGGAAGAGAUUGCAUCCCCCGGAAAACUCCCAGAGACCCCCCUGCGUAUGGACCCUGACCUCCUGUAUGAUGUCAGAUACGAUGAUGAACUUGAUUACACUUACCCGAGCCAGCCUGAUCAGAAUCAAAUGGAAACUCCGCCCAAGGAACUUAUAUCUUCUUACUCUGCCAUGUGUCAGUGGGUAGAGCAAGCCAGGGAGCGUCUGCGGCGCUUCUGUUCCGAAUCCCUGCCUCUCUUCUUCCUGGUCAUGUGGGUGGUCGUGAUCGGCGUGGUCGGAUCAGCCGUCAUCGUCAAGAUCUUAGAUGUGUUUUUCCCAAUUUGUGAACAUAAGCGCAUUUUUAAUGUAAACUCUGUCCCUGUGAUGCCAGAGGAUGAGAAGCACAAUCUCCUGGAGAACAUAGAAGUAGAAGCAGAGGAAGAAGAGAAGAAGCCUUGAAUGAGGAUCAUCUUGACCGGCUCCUCCAGUUUGUUCCUAUUUGUUGUUUAACCUGCGGUUUGGCAUGGCCCGGUUUUGUUCUGAUCUGUGAAUCACCACAGCUUUUCCUGUCACUUUACUCUUUCAUGGUCUUCAUGAAUCUUUUCAUCAGCCAACAUAAGCUCAUUUAAUGUUAGCUUAUGCGAGUCCCUCAGAAUGGAGAGUAAAGUGAGAGAUUUAUGGUGCUGAAUGUCAUGAUGCAAUGAGAUUAAAGUAUGGAAGGCUUACGGUUACCUUACCAGCAUCUGCUUUCAGCACAUCAUGCAGAGAAUCUGCAACAGUGACCACUUUUGCUUUACCCACACCCAAAACAUGUUUAGCUGUAAUGCAGUUAACAAAAACAAUGUCCAAGAUUCAAGGGAUUAUCAGAUGAGCUGAAGCUCUGCUUUUUGAGAAACACUUUGUAUUUUUA